AUGUAAUCUGCAAAGAAACCUAUUACAGUGCAUUUCUUAUGUUAAGAACUUACAGAAGAGCGUAAAUAAGCAGAUUCCCAUAAAUUACCCUUGAAAUACGAGUUAGAAUUGCUAGAAGGUUAUAAACUAUUAGAGCAGUAUGUAAAAAAUUGUGGCUAUGAAACCUGUAUAAAUUUCUUAUCAUUAGACAAUAUGGCAGAAAAACUAACACAGCUUAAACUUAACAAUGAUAUUAAUAGCAUGAUUUUCUUUAACCUAUGUGAGGGCACCGAUGAUGGAGAGGGUGGUGAUGGUUACCCAGGAAUUAGUCUUGUGCGUCUUCUGCAGGAAAUGGGGCUUAAUUAUACUGGCUCUAAUGAGUAUUUCUAUAAUUGCUCAACAUCUAAAGUUUUAAUCAAAGAAGCCCUACUCACCAACGGAGUUGCAACUUCAGCCUAUGUCGAAAUUAACAAAUCCACCAUUGAUUAAGAUGUUAGGAAGGCAGUGGAAUAAGUCGGUUUUCCAUUAUUUGUAAAGUUAUCAUGUUCUUAAGCAAGCAUUGGAAUAUCAAGGAAGUCGAUUUGUCGGACCUUUGAGGAAGCAGUGCUGCAAUGCUAAGAAAUUUUCAAGUUGGAUGUAAGCAAAGCUGGAGUCUUUAUUGAAAGCUUUCUACCAGGUCGAGAGUUCACAGUUUUGAUUGCAGGGGACAAGCAAAGAGGAACCAAAAUUUACUUACCGGCCGAACGUGUUUUCAACGAGUCACUCGAGAAUGAUCAAAAGAUUCUGGACUUUGACAGUUAUUGGAUUGGGUAUGGUAUUCAUGAAAACGAAAAAAUUCCAGAAGAAAAAGAUUGUCUGUACAAGUAUUGCGCAGCUCCUGAAGAAGCAGUAGAUAUGCUGAAGAAUCUGGCACGAGAUGCAUAUUUAGCUAUGGGAGGAACUGGCUAUGGGCGCGCCGACAUUCGCACAAACCUUAGAGACCUAAAGGACCCGAAUUGUAAAGCAUUCAUUCUGGAGGUUAACGCUUAGCCUGGUUUUUCAUUUGACCCUUUAACAACAUCGAUGGGCGCUAUCCUUGCUUUAGAGAAAAUUGAACCAUUCGAAUUUAUUCAAACAGUUAUUGAAUAUGCAAAUGGACCAUCCUCACAGACAUUAUGA